AAAAAAUAAAUUUGGACAGAAAAUGGGUUGGAUCGUAUCAGUCCAUUGAGUUUUCUGGAUCGGUUCAGUUUCACAGAUGUCACCUUCUGAGUGGAGGAAAAAAAAUUAAUCGGGAAGGAUGACUAGCUCUGAUCAAUCUCCGUCGCACAACGUCUUCGUCUACGGCAGUUUCCAAGAACCAGCCGUCGUAAGUUUGAUUCUUGAAUGUUCUCCGGUCAUCGUCUCCGCUCAACUCCACGGCUAUCACUUGUAUAGACUCAAAGGACGUUUGCAUCCAUGUAUUUCUCCUUCUGAGAAUGGAGUAAUCAACGGCAAGAUCAAAGAUGGGAUUCCAUGCUUGGUUCCAAAGGAUGGAAAAAUACUUGAGGAGGAAAGUGGGACAUCAAAAGCUUAAUGACUUUUGCUUUUACACCAAAAAUAUAAAAUGAUCAGAGUGAAAAGGUAACAACUUGUAUCUGCAGCGACUUAUCAAUGGUUCUUUCUGUCUUCACAUUUUAGACUUGUGAGCACUUUUAAGUUUGAAGUUUUAAUGGGAACAUUGAUGUAAGAAAUUGAAAGUCAAUAGAGGUGUAGUUGCAGGUGAAUGUAACUACAUUUUCUUCUUAUGUUUCUUGAAGUCUAGGAUUCUUAUUGACUGGAAUGAAAGUAAAAGUAGUAUGAUUUAAGUA